AUGCCGGUUGCAAAGCAGGACUAUGGUCUGACGCUGGUUUAUGAAGGGCCGAACCCGACAGUCGACAUCGUCUUUGUCCAUGGCUUAUUCGGCAAGCCCAGGUCGACAUGGACCUUCAAAAAUGCCCAAGUAGCCCCGGGAGAGAACGCAACGGCUUCUGCGAACAAAACAACUGCACCCUCGCCACCAGAGACUGUCAACAACGACGGUUCUGCAAACGCGGUUGUCGGUGCUGGUCCUUCAGCUUCCGCGAAUGACAAUGGCAAACGAUCCAAAGAGGGCCGGAGGUUUUGGAAAGGCAUCACCCUGAAUUUUAAAUCCAAACCGGCUACGCCAACAAAGAAUGUGUUUUGGCCUGCCGAUUUACUUCCUGACGCAAUACCCGCGGCCAGGGUCUUUACCUGGGGAUACGAUGUGGACAUAGAUCACCUCCUUUCAUCUGCUGGACAUGCCACCAUAUUUCAGCAUGCUCGACAACUGGCUCAAGACAUUGCGGAUGUGAGAGUCCAGCCGGAAUUGCAAUCUAGGAAGCUUAUAUUCGUUGCACACAGCUUGGGAGGCAUCGUCGUCAAAGAUAUGCUCAACUACGCGCAAUCUACGCAAACAAAAAGAUUGAAGGAGAUUCUUGAGUCGACAUUCGGCGUCAUUUUCUUUGGAACACCUCAUCGAGGAUCACCAGUGGCAACCUUGUCCAAAAUUGCACAUAAUAUUACAAAAGCUAUGGGCAAAAAUCCUGCAACUAAGACGCUUGCAGACCUUGAGAUAAACUCGGAGACAUUGGAUAGGAUCUCAACCUACUUUAAACAGCUGCUUGAGACUAAAAAGAUAAACAUUCAUACAUUCCAAGAAGAAAUGCCCAUGUAUGGAGUCAUGGUUGUCCCUCAGUUUUCUUCAGUCUUUGAAGGAUAUGGCGAAGAGACGGGAAUAAUUCAUGCGGAUCACCGCGGAAUGACCAAAUUUUCCGGCGCAAGCGAUAAAGGCUUUAUGCGAACAAAGGCGGUCAUGGAACGUUGGGCAACAGAGAUCAAAGACGCUGCGAGUCAGCAGCCGCCUCCUGUUACAAAGACUCCAUUCUUGGUACCAUUUGCCAGGGACCCGGACUUUAUGGGACGGCGCGAUAUUCUUCAGAGCAUAAAAGCAGGGUUCGAAAAAUACCCAACCAUGGCUCUUCAUGGUCUUGGGGGCAUUGGAAAGUCUCAAAUAGCCAUAGAGUUCGCAUACCAGGCACAAGAGGAUAGCCCUUCGACAAUGGUGCUCUGGGCUCACGGCGCCGACGCAAACCGUUUCAGGGACUCUUAUCGAUCCAUUGCAGCCAGACUAAACCUUCCUGGUGUUGAUGACCCUAAUGCCCCGAUAUUAUCGCUUGUAUGCAGUACUCUUUCGGACCCGCGCAUUGGCUCAUGGCUUCUCAUUCUUGACAAUGUGGACGAUAUUUCGGUAUUCAGGAACCCGAGCCGGGAUAUCCCUGACUUGCCGAAUGCACGAGAGAGAGAUAACCGUCCGCUGCGGGACUACCUCCCUGUAUCGCCGAAUGGAAAACUCCUUGUUACAUCAAGAAGCAAAGCCUUUUCCCUUGAAUUAUUAUCGGUACAGUCGCAGGCAUGUCUCAUAGCGGUGCCUCCUAUGGUAUCGGAUGACUGUAUGAAGCUCCUCUUAUCCAAAAUCCCCCCAGAGAGCACCGGGAGUGAAGACGAUAGACAAGAACUCAUUCUGGAGCUAGAAAAUCUCCCGCUAGCCAUAUCGCAAGCCGCAGCAUACAUCAACCAGAAUUCGGAUUUCAUUAACGUUCCUAAAUAUCUUGAAGAGUUUCGCCAGAGCGAAUCUAGUCGUCUCAGUCUAUUGAAAGAAAAUAUCCAGGAUCUCCGGCGAGAUGAGCGGCCAAACUACUCCGUUCUACGCACAUGGGAUAUGUCCUUUGAACAUAUCCAAAAGAACUGGCCAGUCUCGGCCAAAAUGCUUUUCAUUAUGAGUAUUUAUUCCUCUCAGAACAUUCCCGAGAAACUCUUGAUGAAGUCCAUUUCUGAAAAUGAGAGUAUGCGAACCGUCCUCGGGCCGCUACGGCAGUUUCACCUCAUCACUGUCCACGCUGAUCUACAGGUAUACGAUCUGCAUAGGUUUGUUCAGCUUGCCACAAGGACGUACCUCCAGAAUAUUGAUGAGCUUGGCAAAUUUCGUUCCAUCGGGGUAAAGGCCCUCCUCAGCUCCUUGGAGAACAUCCCUGCUUUGCCUCCCAUGGAACUUCGAUUGGCGUACAUGAACUACUUGUCGCAUGCCAAUGAAGUGUCCGAUCACGAAUUUACCCAAUUGGAUGACAUUGAAGCUACAUCUCAGCUGCUAUCACGCAUGGCUGUUCUUUGGACCAACAGCGGCGACCCGUGGAAGGGACUUGCCGCAUCGACACGAGCAAUCGAGAUGAGUAAAAAGUACUCUGACCCUGGUUCUGCCGAGAUGGUCACUCGAUUAGCAGUUCACGGCUAUUGUCUGAUAGAAUCAGGUAAUCCAGCCAUGGGGGAGUCUAUUUUACGGGAAAUGUUCGUCGCGGUCGAUAGUGAAGCCACUGGCGAUGAUUGGAAGAAUCACAGCUUCUUGGGGUUUGUUAUCAGAUAUCGUUGUCAGCUUGCUAUUUCCCUGGAGCUUCAGAGCAAGUUUGCAGGCGCGAUAGAUGAAGUCAAAAGAACCCUAGAACUAAUCGAUUCAGCCGAGCUGGAUCUUCAGGACUCUUUGUACCAGCUCAGAAUCCGUCUUUGCAAUUCUCUAUGGCAGCAACAAAGACUGAUCGAAGCCAGGGAACUGGCUGAGAAAUUUCUCACAGACCUCCAAAGCACAACAAUAUCGAACUCGGCGUAUUUUAUGUUUCAGCUAUUGCGCUUGCUCUUGAACAUCUCCAUGCAGACGAGGCGCUAUGGAGAAGCAGAGACAAUACUUGUUCGACUGGAGUCCAUGAUCGAUACUCAGUUUGGCGACAAGAGCUUCAAUGGCAUCAUAAUGUUACAUGACAAAGCGAUUCUGAAAAUGCGUCUUAAUGACUGUGAUGCUGCCCUGGGCGAAAUCGAAAAAUUGGAAGCCAUCACGAAGGAAAUAUACGGUGAUGGCAUGCCCUCUUUUCUUCUGACAACAUUGUCCGUAAAAGGCGAGAUGCUGGAAAAGGUAGGACGGUACAGUGAAGCUCUUGCACUCCGAGAAAAGUUGCUUCGGAUCCGUACGGAGGCUUUUACACCGUAUCACAGGCAUACAAUCCGGGCUAGGAUCGCGGUCGCCAGCAGUCUCAGUGCGAUGGGUCAGAUUGAACGUGCCUUGGAAGUAAUGCAAGAGCCUAUUGGGACACUGCGAAGAAUGGGAGAACCUGCUAGACCGGAGGCUGCUCUGUGUAUGGUACAGGAAUCGGACUACCUGAUGCAAUUGGGCCGUUCGAAGGACGCCAUUAGUGUAAGCCGAAUGUGCGUGGAGAUGUGCAAAGACUUACCGGAGUCCGAAUUGGAGGUGGAAAUGACGUGCCUCUUCAACUGCGGCUGCCAACUGAAGGAUACUGGAUCGUAUGAGGAAGCAUCCAGAAUGUUUCGCCUCACACUAGACAAAAUGAAAACGAUUCGACCAGAGGUGGAUGGAGAUAUAUCUUCCAUCACAGAGAAACUUGCCGUCUGCUUGGAAAACAGCAAAGAGGUUGAAGCAGCUGAGUUACUGUUCAGACAAAUGCUGCAAACAACGACGGGGACACUGGGGCCGCGCCAUGACGAGACCUUUCUUUGGCAACAGCGAUUGGCAUGUUUCUUGAAUAGACAAAAGAAGUUUGAAGAAGCAGAGAGAAUCUUUAAAGAAGCUCUGGAGGGAUCCAGAAUAGCCCUCGGAUCGCAUCACUUCCGUUCAAUGGCAAUACAGGCCGAUACUGCGCUGCACUACCGAGACUGUGGGAAACCAAAAUUGGCGGAAACACUGGAUAGAGAAGCCCUCAAGUUGAGACAGGAAGCCAAACCCCUUAACGAGUUUGACGUCUUUCAGAGCAUGAACAAUCUGGCAAUGACGCUCCAUGACCUCGAAAAGCACGAGGAAGCAGCGGCACUCCUGGUCCAAUCCAUUGAGGGGCGUACACAGAGGUUUGGUGGUUGCAAUAAAGAAACAGACUUUUACCGAGCCAAUCUUUUAACAGUCCGAAUGUCGCAGCGGGAUUGGAGCAGUGCCGAGACGCUGUGCAAUGUGAUUAUUGACUUCAGAACGCACUUCUUUGGGGCCUGUCAUACCGACACUUUGAGCAUUAUCAAGAAAAGAGUUUGGGUUUGGGAUCAUACGCAGCAAUGGCAGAGAAUGAUGGACUCGUUUGAUGAUAUCAUGGCUCUCUACGAUGAGGGGCGCGGCAACAAGGACGCAGAAACGGUAUCUGUACGAAUACGGCUUUGUCGCGCCUUUUGCGAAACCGGAAUGAUGGAGAAAGCUGAAAUGAUACUGUUGCCGGUUUAUGACGUGGUUGUGAGUGGUGGGAUAUCAGCUACUGAUGCGAGCUUCUUUUCCUUGAGAUACGGCACGGUGUUAAGGGCCAAACGCCGCUUUGUUGACAUGGAAGAAUUCGCUCGGCAGCUCAUCUCGAUGAUGGAAACGCAUUUCCCAGAAGCACAUGAUGGUCAUUCGUCUCCGAAAAUUAUAUUGACCAAUGCUCUCGAGCUCCAAGGACGAUUUUUGGAAGCAGCAAGAGUACAACACGACGUAGCCCUUCAGAAAGAAGUUGCCGAUGGCUACGAGUCAGAAUAUUUCCAAACAUCCUUGAGGGUGUACUUUCAGCUGGUUGCCAGUCCGUUGGAAAUUGAUGAGGCAACUGUGAAGGACCUUUGUAUAUGGAAAGAGAAACUACUCAAAUGGUGUAUCAAUCCAGGUAAAAUCCGAGAGUCUCUGGUUAUUCUGGCGAGGGUCCUACGGAACCAGGACCACCCGGAUAGUAUUGACAUAUUCCGCGUCUGUCUGAAGCACCAGGAAGAGGCAGGCCCUUACAAGGAUCAGCUCAAAUUGAUGUCUGCGAAGAAGGAAUUACAAUGGGCGCUCACUCGAACGGAACGCAGAAAAGAGGCUUUGAAUGUGGCGAAGGAGAUGCAGGGAGACUGGAGACAAUAUCUAGCAUCCCACCCGGAGGUUGAGGAGCCCGCGUAUGUCAGAAUUUUUCUCGGCUACAGUCUUAUAUACUAUGGGAAAUGGUAUGAAGCUGAGAUGCUGGCGGAAGCGCUCUACCAUGAGUGUCGCAACAAACAUGGGGAGGAUCACAAUGACACGUUGGACGCCUUGCGUCUGUUUGGUGCCGCUCAGCUAGCGUGCGGGCGGUAUCCUCAAGCUGUGAAGAGAUACUCGGUGGCCUUGGGUAAGCACGAGUCUAAAGAAAAGACGAGCUCAGUGCUCUUAUCAAUCGUACGGGGGAUGCUCGUUGAGGCGUACAUGAAAGCCGGCGCGUACGAUAAAGCAAAGGCUCUUGCUGAUGAGCCCUUUGUGAAUGAUGCGACGUACAGUGGCCCGAGGAAGCGACAUGAAAUCAGAGCAAAACAACGCAGGUCUGCUGCUUUGGCCAAAUUAGGUCAUUUUGAUGAAGCAAUGGGGCUAGCUUUGACGGCGCUCAAAGAGUUUCAGCUGCUGCUGGGACCAAACGCCGAGUGGACGGUUGAAAGCAUCGUUCUCGUGGCGCAGAUUCAUUUCGAAAGAGGCGAGUUGACAGACGCUAAAGAAUAUGGCAUGAGGGCGAUUGUGAGAUGCCGGCGGAUGGACGUGCUGCACAACGCUCUGAUGGCGAAUUGUCAAAUCCUGCUUGGUCGUGUGUAUGCGUCCCAGGGAUUGCUAGAAAGAUCGCUGGUGAUGUUUCGGCGAGCCUGGAUAGAUUGCAUGGAGAUGUAUCACGACGAUCACCCGAUUUUGAUUGAGGCUCAGAGAGAAACGGUCAUUGCCACAGCAAAGUGGUAUAAAUUGGAAAGACAAGAGUGA